AUGAAGAUUAAUACUCUUUUCGAUGUUAAAGGUCGUACGGCAGUGAUCACUGGUGGUGGAUCUGGUUUAGGAGAAAUGAUGGCACAUGCUUGGGUUCAAAAUGGUGGACAUGUGAUCAUCGCUUCACGUAAGGAGAAAGCAUUAUCAAAAGUUUGUGAUGAAUUAAAUUCAUUAAAAACUGGUAAAGCAGAAUAUGUAGUAGGGGAUGUAUCUACAAAAGCAGGUUGUGUAGCUUUAUGUGAUAAAAUAAAAGAAAAAGUUAAUAAGAUUCAUGUUUUGGUGAACAAUUCGGGUGUGAGUUGGGGUGCACCUUAUGAUGAUGUUCCAGAAAAAGAGGGAUGGGAUCGUGUUCUAGGCAUGAACGUGAAAUCGAUCUUUUACAUGACAUCAGAACUUACUUCACUUCUGGCAAAGGACGCAACCAACAUUGAUCCGGGACGUGUGAUCAUCAUCUCAUCAGUAGCUGGUGUAGCAAGUAUCGCGGAAUCAACUGGUUUAGGAGCUCAAGGCCAUGGUUUAUGGUCAUACAAUGCUAGCAAAGCGGCUGCAAUCUCUUUAUCUAACAAUUUGGCCGUCACUCUUGGUCCUAAAUUCAUUACCGUCAACGCAAUUUGUCCAGGAGUUUAUCCAUCAAGGAUGACAGCUUAUGGAAUGAAAGUUGCUGGUGAUGCUUUAGCACAGUCACAUCCAAUGGGAAGGUAUGGUACACCAGAGGAUAUGGCGGGUAUAUUUUUAUUUUUGACUAGCCGUGCUGGAGCACAUAUUUCUGCAAACGUCAGUAAUUUGAACGUAUCCAUUUCAUUGUUUGAGCUCAAAAUUGAUCGUCGAUCAUUAUAUGGGUUUGAUUUUUCUUAG